AUGGUGCAGAGCUCCACAGACGUGUGGCGCAGGCAAGGUGUAAGCUUGGAUGACCUGCUCCAGUUCAAAAGAUUGGUGCAUCAUUGCGUCCAAGACGGGUGUCUCAGACCAACAGAACUUGACAAGUUUUCGGCAUCCGACAUGCAGACAGGGCCAACGGCAUACACAGUGAAUGAGCAGCUCAUCAAGCCGGUCACCUCAGCUGCCGGAAAUGUCAGUUGGGCCCUGCUGAAGCAUCCCACAGGCUUGAUUGGCGACCUCUUCAUCACCCACGCAUGGGCUGAGGGGCUCUUCGAUUUUGUGGACAAAGUUUCUCACUCAUGGCCGCCGGGAGCCGUGGGUGCCUACAUCUGUUUCCUGUCCAACCCCCAGAACUUGGACAUCGGAGACUUGCUACAGGUCCCUAGCCAGUCGCCCUUCGCCAAUGCUCUGCGCCAGUCGUCGUCUUUGCUUGUGAUCCCAAAUCAUUCUUACAGUGUUUAUACCCGAAUUUGGUGUGUCUAUGAAGCCUUCCUGGGCUAUUCCUGGGACAAGCCUAUUCGAGUUGCGAGGCGGCCUCCAGAGAGCUAUGGCUUCAAGGUGCUCCGUGUCCCCUGCACGGGUCUCGCUGUCUGGGGCGGAACGAUCCUGAUUUUGAUGUCCCAAACCAGCUUUUACGGCUUCAGCAGAGAUUCUCAGGCAUUGCUGUCCACGUUGGAGUUAGCAUUCUUGGGAGGGGCAGGAGCAUGUGGCAGCUUUGUUCUCCUUUUGUACCUCCUGAGAAAUUGGCGACUUGCUGAGGAUUAA